AUGACACAUUCAGCCAAGGACAAGAACGUUCGCCUCGAAAGGCAUAGCGCGGGAAAGACUCAAGCGUACGGAGACCAGAAUGUGCGCGCCGGGAGUGGAAAAUUCAACUGGGGUAACACAACGACGGACUUGACCCUGAGCGAAACCAAACCCACGGAUAAAAACGACCCCAUGUAUGAUAGCGAAAUUGAGAAGGUCACCAAGGAAGGGAAGAAAUAA